AUGCAAUCAGCCGCAAAAACUAUAGAGUUAGAAGAUGGUUGGCAGCGAAUCCAAGAAGAAGGGAUCGAUCGCAUCAUUGACUACCUAGAAACCUCAAAUCUCAGCAACUUUUCCAAAAAGCAAUACUCAGAGCUCUACACAAUAGUCUACAACAUGUGCACACAAAGGCCUCCAAAAAACUAUUCCAGCCAGCUUUACGACCGCUAUUCAUGCUCUAUAAAAGACUACAUCCAAAACCACAUUCGGCCAAGAAUUAUCAAUAAAUCUGAUAUCGGGCUUCUGACUGAAAUUCAAGUUUGUUGGAAAAAUCAACAGAUAAUGAUGAAGUGGAUGAAAAACUUUUUCCAAUACCUGGAUAGGCAUCACGUCAACCAAAAUUCAUUGCCAAACUUGACAAUCCGGGGACUGAGCAUUUUCUAUGGCGAAGUAGUCACCCAAUGCAAAAGCAAAAUCAUCAGUGCUUUUAUUCAUGCUUUAGAGCUCGAUAGAAAUGGUGAACAUAUUGAUAGAGACUUGCUAAAAAACGUCACAGAUAUUUUUAUGAAGGUGGGGACUAUACAUAAACCAAACGAUCCGGCUGAUUUUUAUAAUUUUCUGGAAAGUUCUGUGCUGGAGUCCACAAGGAACUUUUAUGAAGCAAAAAGCAGGGUUUGGAUAACAGAGGACAGCUGUCCAGAUUAUUUAUAUAAUUUUGUAUUAGUUAAAGAAUAUUUUAUAUAAUAUUUGAUGUAAUUUAAUUAUAGGAAAAAUGGUAUAUUAAAGGUAGAGCGAUGCUUAAUUGAAGAAAUGUCAAGAGCUGAUCAUUGCUUACACCCUAGUUCAGGGCAAAAAAUAAGGUCUGUAUUUUUAGAUGUUAUGAUCAAUAUUCAUGAAACCACGAUUUUAGAGAAAGAAACUGGAAUUGCUUAUUUGCUGAAUCAUCAUAAAACUGAUGAUAUGCAUAGACUGUAUAGAUUGACUUCUGAAUUGGCUAAUGGGCUGCAGCCUAUUGCACAAGCAGUGACUAACUCCCCCACCUCAGUGAGCAAACAAAGUAAUUGGAAAAAUCCCUAUUUUUUGUUCAAAAACCCACCCUCCGUGAGCUAAUAAAAAAAUUUUGAUAUAUAAGUGAUUAUUAUUAUAAUGAAAUUCUUCUGUUUAAUUUUAAAACAAAUCGCAUUUCAAAACAUAAAUUUUACAAAUUAAAUUAAUUGGGAUUUUUUUAAAUUGCGAAAAAGGAAUUUACUAAAUUUUUUUGUGUAAAAACUUAACCACCUUCAUGAGCGAACAAAUUUAUUUAUUCGCUCAUGAGGAGGAUUAAGUAUAUUAAAGAGCAAGGGCAAGGAAUUAUUAUUCUUUUUUAGCUAUUUUUAUUUCGCUUAUUUAAAAAUCCCAAUCUUUUUUCCAUAGAAAUUUAUUUUAUAAUCUCAACUAUUUAUAGUAAUUUUCUAAUAUAAAGAAUAAACAAAAAUUAGCAAAAAUUGCUAUUGACAAAAAAGAGUCACCAGAAGACCCAGAAUUUGUAAAUGCAUUUAUGAAUGCCCAAGAGAAAUUCAAAAGCUUAAUUUCCGAAUGUUUCCAAAACAAUUCCAUCUUCCAGCGCGCCUUAAAUUCUGCUUUUGAAGAACUUGUGAACCAAAAAAUAGGAAAACAUGGAUUUUCUGAAAUUUUGGCUUGUUACGCUGACAGACUUCUUAAAAAAUCAAGCGAAAGGCUUAGAGAUGAAGUCAUAGAAGAAGAGCUUAAAAAGCUUCUUGAACUUUUUGAGCAUUUAGCUGAUAAAGACGUUUUUGCUGAAAUUUAUAAAAAUCAGCUAUCAAAAAGGCUGCUUAAUGAUACAAGUGCAAGCGAAGACGCUGAAAAAAGUUUUAUUUCAAAAAUGAAAAUGUGCUGUGGGGCAAGCUAUACAUGUAAAUUCGAAGGGAUGAUAAUGGAUUUACAUCUUGCCCAAGAACUGGACCAAGCGUUUAAAGAAAGCAGACCUGAUCUGCCUAUUGAUUUUUCUGUACAGGUUUUGACGAAUAGUCAUUGGCCUUAUUAUAAGAACCAUAAUGUGAUUUUGCCUGUUUGUUUUUCUGACUGUAUUCAUGUUUUUAAUAGAUAUUAUGCUGCUAACACCCAGCAUCGAGUUUUGACAUGGACAAAUUGCUUAUCUUUUUCUAAAUAAAAAAAAAUAAUAAAAAAAAUUAUUUUAGCUAAAAAAAAUUAAAAAAAUAAUUUUUUUAAUAUGAAAAGUUAGGGAUUGUCACCCUUACAGGAUAUUUUGACCAAGGCCAAUACGACUUUAUCUGCUCCACAUAUCAAGCUUGUGUCCUCUAUCUCUUCAACGACAAGUCAACUUAUACUUAUACCGAGAUCAAGCAGGUCAUGAAUUUUGACGAUGAAACCUGCAAAGGUGUAAUGAAAACUUUUGUCUUCUCUAAAAACAAAAUCCUCGAAAAAACAGGCGAAGAAAGAAAAAUCAAUGAGACUGACUCUUUUUCAAUCCGAAGCAAUUUUAAAACUAAUCAAAAAAAGGUAAAAUUGCCGCUUCCUUCCAAAGAAGAAAAUUAUUCAAGAGAAAAAGUUUCAGAAGACAGAAACUUGGCAAUUGAAGCAGCUGUAGUGAGGAUUAUGAAAAGCAGAAAAACAAUUGCGCACUCGAAUUUGGUCGCAGAAGUAGCAGGCAUGUUGUCUGUUUUUAAGCCACAGGUGAGAGAUAUAAAAUCGAGGAUUGAAAAUUUAAUAUCAAGAGAUUAUAUUGAAAGAGAUAAUGAAGACGCAAAUAUAUAUUAUUAUAUUAUGACUUGGACAUAUAUUUUUUUGAUAAUUUAAUAAUUUAUUAGAAAAAAAGAUAUUGAAGGGAUAUUAAAAAUAUUUUUUAUGAUAAUUAAAGGAAUAUAUCAUUAUAAAGCAUAA